AUGCCGCUUCUUGACACCCUCUCUCCAGACAUUCUCGCUCGCAUCUGCUCGUUCUGCAGUGGUGAGAAGGGCGGGCUGCUCUCCCUGGCAACGACAUGCCGCGCCUUAUCUGCAAUCGCGCUCCAGACCCUUUGGCACACACUGAUAUCUCCUUCCCCUCUAUUCCUGACAUUGCCGGAACACUUGGUCGUGCGUCGCGAGAGAGAGACUGUUAAUGCUUGGCAUACCGAGACAUGGAUCCUGCACGGGCAUACUCAUAAGCAUCCCGCUCGCUCGAGCUUCUUUCACUCCGACCUCGAGCGGUUCUACUACUACGCUUCACUCGUCCAGUCGCCCCAGAUGCCUGAGCUCUCAUCCGCCAAACACUGUGACUUCGUAGUCUCAUCAGAGAUAUGGAGUCUCUUCAGAGACGCAGAUUCAAAACCUAUAUUUCCCAACCUUCGCCAUGUAACCCUCAGCGAGGAUUGGCGCAUUUAUGUUCAAGAUCCCAUUCCUAUCCGCCCCUUUCUCAGCCCGAGUGUACAAUAUCUCUCUAUCAUUCUCCACCAUUAUCGGCAACAGGUGCCGGACGGCGUAGAGACGGGCUCCUCCGCCGCAGUUCUCGAAUUCAAAGACCUGCUCACCAAUCUCCCGCUCAUCUGUCCUGAUUUGCGCAAGUUGAAUAUCAAGACUCCCCCCUCCUUAUAUUUUCAGGAUGCCGUUUUACAUACCGUGCAAGGACUUUCGAGCCUCACAAUCUUUCGAUCGGACGGUAUUCCCCUCUCCCCGAUGGGUGUUGCAGCGCUAUCCUCUCUCCCAAACCUGACCAUCGCCAAAAUAUCUCUGCGAGCUGCAGACUACACAGCUCCUCGCACGACACAAACCCCGCCUUCUACCGUCUCCUUCCCCACUCUCCGAGAACUUGAAAUUACAGCGGACUCCGCUGCAUGUGUGGUGGCGCUGCUCGGUUGGUCUGCUGUUGACCCCCCACGACUGACUCAACUUUCGGUCCGGGCCACCCUUACACACGAGAACAUCCCGGCCCAAUUCCUUUCUAUCACGACCGCUAUAUCCCUAAUGCGCUGCCGCUACACGCUGGAACAGAUCAUUCUCUCCACGCACAUCCCCUGGAUCCGUGGUAACGAUCCUGAGGUCGACGAUCUCCCCCCUUCCACCGUCGCGCCUCUCUGCGACCUCCCUCGUCUCACUUGUUUUCGCAUAGUAGGGUACUGCAACAUCGCGUUUGACGACGCUGCCCUUGCUAAGAUGGCGCGCGCCUGGCCCCGCCUGACCGUCCUCUCCAUAUGCCAAGAGUCCCUCCAGUCGGAGACGGACGGGGUGACUCUGGCUGCUCUGCUCGACCUCGUGCAGCACUGCCCCGCGCUCGAGGAGCUGGACAUUGCUCUCGCGUCCAUAAAGCGUGGCGACUGCGAGGAUGUCCUCGCGCGGCCUCUCUUUACCAGGGCCAAAUGGGACGGGGACACGCUCGGACUGCGGGAGGUCUGCCGUCUCUCUUCUAUCGGUAUCGGCGCGCCCGCACUGGGUGCGGAGGAGGUCGUGGCCGUGGCUGCGGCGCUCAAUGCAAUCUUUCCCCAUCUGACUGACGUGUUUUCUGACGAGCGUGGCAUGACGCGCUCCAGAUGGUGCGGGAUUGAGAACGUAUUGGCCGUGUUUCGCAAGGUGCGGGAGCAGGAGCGGAAAUACGCCCAAGAGAGUGCUCGUUCGGUACGCAAUUCGCAUCAGGUGUGA